GCGUUCCGGGCUCGAACGCGGCGCGGUCUGACAGGAGCGGCAGCCCCGGCCGGCCGGGCUGGCAUGGGUUGGAAUUGGAGCCUAUCUCCCAUCCCGAAGGCUAUCAGCAUCAUGUGGUUACUAACUGCUCCUCAUUCACCGGUUGAUGCCUCCCAGAAAAAAACGCCGCCAGCCUUCCCAGAAAGCCCAGCUGCUGUUUCACCAACAACCACUGGAGGGCCCCAAACACGGCUAUCCAUCUCCACAGCUCCCCAUCACUGACACUCGACAGGUGCCCAGCAAGCCCAUUGACCACAGCACCAUCACUUCCUGGGUAUCACCUGAUUUUGAUACAACAGCAGGAAGUUUGUUCCCAGCCUACCAGAAACACCACCACCAAGACCGGGUGAGACAUUUAAGUCGAAAAUCUACCACUUCCAAGUUUCCACAUCUAACUUUUGAGAGUCCACAGUCUUCCAGUUCAGAAGCAUUGGGGAUCCCCUUAAUCAGGGAGUGCCCCAAUCAAUCAGAAAAGGACGUUUCCAGAAGACCCUUAGUUCCAGUGCUCAGUUCCCAAAGCUGUGGGGACAUGUCAGCUCAGGCACUUCAAGUCCCUUAUGUGUUCACUCCACCUGAUAUCCAGACCCCAGAGUUAUCGUCUAUGAAGGAAGAGCUCAUUCCCCCAGAUCAGAAGGAAAACAAUCUUUCAAGCUGCUCUCUUCACACUGGCACUCUCAGUAGCCCAGAGCCUGGACCUGUUCUAGUUAAAGACACCCCUGAGGACAAGUAUGGAAUAAAGGUCACAUGGAGGAGACGAAAGCACCUAUUUGCUUACCUCAGAGAGAGAGGGAAACUGAGCAGAAGCCAAUUCCUUGUGAAAAGCUGA